AUGCCGUUUUUGUCCCUCCGUCCAUUUGUCCAGUUAGUUUGGACGGAAAAUCGCACGUGCGCCGCACGUGACACACAAAAACACCUCACUUCCCCUCAUAAUGUUCAGAUUUUCAGAAUAUUACAUAAAUAUCCAAAUUCUCGGCCAAAUCCUAAGCCCAAAUUUUCGAAGCAAGAGUUGUGCGUUAACCUUCUGUACAACUUCAUUUUGCAACCGAAAUUCUCUGCAACGAAAUCUCUGAGGAUGAGGGCUUCUAAAAUAGCUCUUGUUUGUAGAGCAAUUACUGCUAAAUCUUCUCAUGAACGCGGUAUUUUUACUUCUUCUUUCUCUUUCUCCUGCCACAAAUUUUCAACUGUGUCCAGAGCAGAUUCGAUUUGUAUAAAUGAAUUAGAUGAUACUGUUUUCUUGAUUCGUAAAAUGAUGAGAGUGCGGCCACAGCCCUCCGUUUUUGAACUCAACAAACAAUUGCAAGUUAUUGUCAAGAUGAAACAAUACUCCGUCGCCCUUAAACUGUUCGACGAAAUGCGUCAAUGGGGUGCCCCUGUAAAUGUAUACACGAUGAACAUCUUGAUUAAUUGUUGUUGCCAUUUGAGAGGGGUAGACUUCAGUUUUGCUGUCUUUGGCAACUUCCUUAAGCACGGUUACGAACCAAAUGUUACGACAUUCAACACUCUCUUAAAAGGUCUCUUUUUGGAUGGUAAUGUGGCCGAGGCAGAGAAAUUGUUCAAGAAGAUUUUGACUUUGAAACUCUGUGAGCUAGACGAUGUUACGAUUCUUACUGUGAUUGACGGGCUCUGCAAAGCUGGACGUGUUCAUACUGCCCGUGAUUUGCUUUUGUUGUUGGAAAAGACUAUCUAUAAACCCAGUGUUAAGGCCUAUAGUGCGGUAAUUGAUUGUUUAUGCAAGGGCGGAAUGGUGGAUAAUGCACUCGAGCUCUUGUUUGCCCACUUUCUAAUUGUGCUUUCAAUGAUGAAUUCAUAA